AUGUCGCCGGUACCAGCACAACCCGCCACGGCGGAGACUGGAUACAUUACGCAACCGGCUCCACUGGGGAAUACUUAUACGUCCGAUAUCAGUCUACAACGCUCCUUAGAAUGGUAUCUGCCUACAUCCACCUUCCGAUCUGUUCAACCACAUUUGAUCCAGGUUGGUGCCGAGGCCGUGUCCGAGACAGUGCGAGAAUGGAGCGCAGAUGCAGAGCGCAACCAGCCUUAUGUGAAGAGUCACAACGUUUGGGGCCAGCGAUACGAUUAUGACCGACUCAUCACCACGGAGGGCUGGAAACAGCUCGGAAAAUGGGGCGCGCGGCAUAGGAUUGUUUCUGCAGGAUAUGAUUCUGCUUUGGGAUCGGAGAGAAGGACUGUUCAAUAUGCCUUAAAUUAUCUCUACUCGCCAUCUUCGGGGCUCUAUUCGUGCCCGAUGAGCAUGACGGACGGGGCCGCAUUCAUACUGUCUUCAAAAAUCAACAGCUUACCGCCCACCCAUCCAUUCCACAUGGCAUUCAAAGGGUUGAUCUCUGAGUCAGACAACCACUGGACCUCUGGGCAAUGGAUGACCGAGAGAGCCGGAGGAAGCGAUGUACAGAAUACUGAGACCUGGGCUACAUAUUCUCCAUUACCAAAGUCCGCUUGCUCUGAUCCUCUCGGGGAUGGAGACUACUUGAUCAACGGCUUCAAGUUUUUCUCAUCAGCCACCGAUGCCAAUGUGGCAUUGUUGCUAGCCAAAACGACAUCCGGGAAACUGAGCACAUUCCUCGCACCGUUGAGAAGGACGGUUGUUGGAGGCGACGGGGUGUCCCGGGAGGUCUCCAAUGGCGUGAGAAUCCAUCGCCUCAAGAACAAGCUGGGAACAAAGGAAUUGCCGACCGCGGAGUUAGAGCUCAAAGAUAUGCGGGCCCACCUGGUUGGAGAGUUGGACCAGGGAAUUGUCACAAUUGCGCCCCUUCUCAACGUUACCCGAAUUCAUACCUUUAUUGGCUCAUUGGCUGGCUGGCGCCGGGCCUUGAGUAUUACCAAGAGUUUCGCAAAGGCGAGAACCACGGUAGGCGAGCCCUUGUGGCUCAUCCCUAUGCAUCUGCGUCUCCUGGCAGAUCUUGAAGUCAAGCAUCGUGGUGCUAUGAACCUCGGCUUCUUCACGGUCGCCGUGAUGGGAUUGGUGGAGAAUAAGGUCUCACAGCCUUCCAAGCAUCUCCAUCUACCACGUCCCGGCCGUGAAGCCAACGUUGUUUUCCGCACCCUGACUGCCACUGCAAAGGCUGUGGUCAGCAAAAUGUCUGUUUUGGGCAUCCAAGAAUGCCAGGAAGCCAUGGGUGGCGUUGGCUAUAUGGAUGAGGCUGAUGAGCCUGAGUUCAACAUCUCGCGUAUUCUUCGAAACACCUCAGUAAACUCCAUUUGGGAGGGUACCACGAAUGUGUUAGCCAGUGAGAUGGUCCGCUUUCUCAUUAAAGGUGACAACUUGCAUAUUUUCACUGCAUGGGCAGAUCGCACAUUGGCGUUAAUUCGCACCAAGGAUCUGCGGGAUGCUUUGACAGCUGCGUGGUCUGCCUUACGUGCACGCUUCUCUACUAACACCCGGGCUCUUACUGCGAUACUCGCUGACGCGCGCCGUUACAUGUUCACCCUUGCAUGGAUCUUAUGUGGCGCACUUCUUGCCCUUGACGCAGAGCGAGAUAAUGACUCCGUGAGCCUGGAGAUCGCACGGCGCUGGGUCCUUGAAGCUGAGGGUGGCGUUGGAGAGCUAGUGUUCCACGAUAUUGUCAUUGCUCACAAUACGCAAGACAAGAACGAUGAGGGGGAGAAGCAUCUCCAAUGGGACUGUAUGAUCGCCUGGGGUGUAGAGCUGCCUGCGAAUCGAGCAUCGGGCCAUCGCUCCUUGCAGAAGGCCAGCUCGAAGCUAUGA